CGGCGAGAAGGGUGGAGGAGACGUUCGGGCGAGCGCUGGAAAGAGAGGGGAUCCGAACGGAAAGGUGGCGUGAUGUCGUCAUGACGCUCAACGCACCCCCCCCCCCCCGCCGUGUGACGCACGUCUUGGCGAGCCCAUGAAUGAUUCAUGAUGUGAAAACAAUUCUAAUGGAAGAAUUUAGCUGCUAUAGAAUAGGUCUCUUUUGGCAUUUGAUCCCAACUUGCAUUUUGAAGUGUGGGAAGAUGCAAACUUAGCAUAAAUGUUCUUAUUGGGCAGAGCAGACCAGCAAUAUGGAUGAGGCAGAGAUCAAUACGGAGACAAUUGGUGCUAAAGGACUGCUAGAUGACAGCAGCUUCGUCUCUGAAAAGAAGAGUAGCAUUCCGAAAUUACCAGAAAAUGAAACAUCAUUUCAGAAAGACCCUGUUACUCUGCCUGAAGAGCUAUCAAUGGACAAGUCUGAAAAGGCCUUAAGUGGAAGCCAGACAUCUUUAUUUAUAAACACUGGUGCUCCUGUUGUUUCUAGUGAAAGUUUUCUUCUGUCUGCGGGAACUAUUAAUGGACCAGUUUCACACUCCACUUUAGCCAAGACUUCCAUUAUGAAAAAGGGCAACAUUUCAUUAACUACUGCACAGACUGUGGACCAUCAAGCAGAUUCUUGUUCAUCUGCAACGGUGGUACAUGAUCUCCAGCUUUCCACAAAGACUUCAACCCAAAAUUCAAAUCAACAGCAGGCUUUGUUUUUGUUACCUGAAGCAGCACAUGCUAAGAACCAGACACAUUCCGUGAAAAAUCUACCUCCCUCUGCAUCUAUUUCUUGUGACAUGCAGCCGUCUAUAGGAAAGAGCAUCAAAUCAGACAGCACUUUAGUAACUCAAGUAGAUGUAUGUGAGGAUAGCAAAAGUUCUCUAGAAAAAGAUGGUGGUAAAUCAUUAACAGGCACUUCCUCAGGUACAGGUGAUUUCAGAACAGACAAUGAUUCAAAGUGGGAUCCACAAAAAGAUUUCAUAGAAUUUUUUAUGACAAAUGAAGAAACUGUAGAUAAGUCACCUGUUGAACCUAAAGUUGGUGUACAGAAAAGGAGAAAAAGAAAGAUGGAUGUUAGCAAAAUAACACGUUAUACUGAGGACUGUUUUAAUGAAUCAAAUUAUAUUCCUGACAAUUCAGAUUCAUUUGAUAUUGAGUUUUCGGAGCAGAAUGAGAACUUACAAGUCAUAGAAUCACAGAACUAUUCAUUAGUUAGAGUAAAGCCUGAAUCAACAGAUGAGGAAUUGGAAGUUGUGGAUGCCAUCCAACAGUUGAUUUAUAAUCCAAGUAAUACAUGUGCAGAUGAUACUUCUCCUGAUCACAGUAGCACUUUUACUUUAUUAAAUAAACAUGAACAAGAUGAUUUAGAAACUCCUUCUAAUUUCAGUACUGAUGAGCCAUCAUUUUAUCCCUGUACAAAGUGCAAUGUGAAUUUUAGGGAAAAGAAGCACCUGCACAGGCACAUGAUGUAUCACUUGGAUGGCAAUAGUCACUUUCGUCAUUUAAAUGUUCCGAGGCCUUAUGCAUGUAGGGAAUGUGGCCGGACCUUUCGAGACCGCAAUUCCCUUCUUAAACAUAUGAUAAUUCAUCAGGAAAGAAGACAGAAACUGAUGGAGGAAAUUCGUGAGUUGAAAGAACUUCAGGAUGAGGGUAGGAGUGCACGGUUACAGUGUCCACAAUGUGUAUUUGGUACUAAUUGUCCCAAAACCUUUGUGCAGCAUGCUAAAACCCAUGAGAAAGAUAAAAGGUACUAUUGCUGUGAAGAAUGUAACUUUAUGGCAGUAACAGAAAGUGAACUUGAAUGUCAUCGAGGCAUUGCUCAUGGGGCAGUAGUGAAGUGUUCAUUGAUUACUACAGAUAUAUCCCAGAGAAAAGCACAGAAAAAGACGUUAUUGAAAGAUUCCUAUAUGGAAUCAGCCAAAAAGUCAGCUGACUAUAUGUGCAAAUUAUGUCCCUUUGUUACAUCAGCCAGAAGCAUUUUAAAAAAACACAUGGAAUAUUUGCAUCCAGCAUCAUGCAUAGAUUCUUUUGGUAGCCGUCUUAGAUUAGAAAAAAGAAAAAGUCACUUCAUAGAUGAAUCUUUACAUUUUGGUAGCAGGACUAAACAUUUGAUCAAACAAGCAUCUGCUUUUCCAAAGACCUCUCUUUUAAAACAAGAUAUGAAACGACCAUUUGGCUCUGCAUUCCAGUCAAGUAACUUUGCAAAACUUCACAGGAGACCCCCCAGGAUACAGAAGGCUCGGAAAAGUGUUGCACAGUCAGCUGUAAGUGUGUAUGGUCAAAACUCUGCAGACACACCUAUUUUGAAUAGAAAUAGCACUGGCCAAAAACCUAAGUAUUUACAUCAUGCAGGAAAGCAAAAGGCUAGUGCCAAAGCAAGCAGUAAUUAUUUAUAUAGAUACAAACUUGAAAAACGUAGGGUUAAAAAACCUAGCAGCCCUUAUCCUUUACACUUAAAGAAGGAAGCUGCAAAGUCUUUACCUUUAUUGUCUUCAAAUAAUGCUCAUAGUAGAUUUAAUAUGGAUUCUCUUAACUAUGGUGCAAAAAGACCAAGAGUCUAUAAAGAUAAGCAUGUAACUGUAAAAAGAUUGGUUAAAAGAUCCAAAAGGGAAGGCUCUGUAACUGGAGAUGAUUUGGACGGUUAUCCAGACUUUCUACAUAAAAUGACUGUUGUUGUUUUGCAGAAACUUGCUGGGGAAAAAGACAGCUAUGAAACGGAGGAUGAAAGUUCAUGGGAUAAUGUUGAACUGUGUGAUUACACUACACCGUCUGUGGAGGAUGGCUCUUACACUGAUAUUAAUCAGGAUCAUGUAAACCUGUUUCCUUUAUUUAAAGAUAACAUGGAAGAAGAAAUUGGUGGUAAAUCCUCUCUUAGAUAUGAGCAAAAUGAUGGAUUUUAUUUUGAGUAUUAUGAAGAUGGAGAAGGUAGCAAUUACCUGCAUGAUUUUCAAGACCCUCAUAAUUUGGAAAAUAUAGGCACAACGUUGCCUAAGCAUAACUCAGUUUUUCAUUGGAGUGACUUAUCUCUUGAGAAAAAAAACUGUCCAUAUUGUCCAGCAACCUUUGAAACUGGUGUUGGAUUGUCUAAUCAUGUGCGUGGACACCUUCACAGAGCUGGGUUAAGCUACGAAGCCCGUCAUGUUGUCUCACCUGAGCAGAUUGCAACAAGUGAUAAAAUGCAGCAUUUCAAAAGAACUGUGACGGGGACCCCAGUUAAACGAGUUAGAAAAGCUAUUGAGAAGUCAGAAAACUCUUCAGAACACACAUGCCAGCUCUGCGGUGGUUGGUUUGACACUAAAAUUGGAUUAUCUAAUCAUGUGCGAGGACACCUAAAAAGGCUUGGUAAAACCAAAUGGGAUGCACACAAAUCUCCGAUCUGUGUUUUAAAUGAGAUGAUGCAAAAUGAAGAAAAAUAUGAAAAAAUCCUGAAGGCAUUGAACAGUCGACGUGUUAUUCCCAGACCAUUUGUUGCUCAGAAACUUUCAUCAAAUGAUGACUUUUUAUCUCAAAAUGUUAUACCUCUUGAAGCAUACCGCAAUGGCCUAAAGACUGAAGAUAUAUCGGUGUCUGCAUCAGAGGAAGAAGGGCUGAGUUUCUUCAAUGAAUGUGAUGAAGCAAAAUCAGUACUCCGUGAUGAAAAAAAAAAUCAGUCACUUACACUGAUAGAACUUUUGAAAAAUAAAAGGGUAGGAGAAGAAAGAAAUCCUGAUAUCUCUCCGCAAAAGAUCCAUAAUCAAACUGCAAGAAAGAGGUUUGUUCAAAAAUGUGUUCUUCCAUUAGAUGAAGACAGUCCUUUGAUGUAUCAGCCACAAAAAAUGGAUUUGACUUUGCAAUCAGGUAUGCCUGUGAAGCUUAGAACGUGUGUGCAUUGCAAUGCGGCGUUUACAAGUGCUGUUAGCCUGUCCAACCACUUACGCGCUUAUGCACGAAAGAAGAGUGCUGGACUUUUGACUGGGACAGCCGUAGAUUGUAAACAAAAAAAAUCAAGAUCAAGAUCUGGAAGCAAGAAAAAAAUGCUGCCAUUACCUCAUGGUGCUGAUGAAGUUUACAUUCUCCGGUGCAGGUUUUGUGGCCUGGUAUUCCGAGGUCCCCUGUCUGUUCAAGAGGACUGGAUAAAGCACCUACAGCGCCAUAUUGUCAACGCAAAUCUUCCUCGGACUGGGGCUGGCAUGGUGGAAGUGACAUCACUGCUUAAAAAACCUGCCUCGAUUUCUGAAACUUCAUUUUCUUUCCUGAUGGCUGAGGCCGCCUCAUAGAAUACGGAAACAUUUCACAUUGCAUUGGAUGUACAUUUGGAAUAAUUUUGUUAGUUUUUUUUAAGUCAAAAUAAAUUAUCUCUUUAUAAAAUCUAAAGCCAGAAAAUGGGGAGAAGAAUGACAGUUAACAUUCAAACAAUUGAGUACUUAAAGCAGUUACCGUAAGUAGUCUUUAUAUUUUAUAUAGGGUGGAAGACGUGUUUUUAAAGUUUACUAUGGCUUUUUUGUCAAUUACUGUAUUCAAGAUUGAUACAAGCCCAUCACAUGUCAGCAGCUGUUUUUAAAUUGUUGCACAUGGGUACUUCAGACAGGUUUUUUGAAAUCUUUACAGUGUUACCAGAAUCAAUGCUCUGUUUAUUAAACAAACCCUUGCUUAGUAAAAUAUAUUCUAUUUUGUUUGUAUGUAUGUAGUGUUUUGUACAAUACAAAGAAAUGCUAAUGAAAUUUACUCAAUUAGGGCAUUAAAUAUCAUGUACUUCAUUGUUCAAGAGACUGUUCCAUUCAAAUAGGGCAAUUAGUACUAUCUAGCUGUGUAAGUGUUUUUUAAUCACACAAGACUCUUUUGUACUAAAAGUGGAGGGAAACUUGUUAAACAGAUUUCUACAAACUAUGUACAUAGUACUGGAAACUAUUUGUGGUAAGGAAAUAUUCUUUACUUCACUUGCAUUUCUCACUGACAAUAAAAUGGUGCGUCCAUGCUACCUCCCAACUUUUGUCAGCAGUAAUGGUAUUUACCCUUUCAAUUUGUUGCAUCACUUGUUCACAAUUCUCUUUAUUGUAAAACACCCCUUUGUUAACAAUCUGUCUUUUUAUGCUUUACUUAGAGGUAUGAGUUGCUUAUAAGACAUUUGGGCCUCCUGUUUUUAUUUAAUACUGUAGAAAUGUACUAAGCGUUGCUCACUAUGUGGCGUAGCUUGCAUUUGUCAUAUUUCAGUUGUUUUGUUUUUUUAAAAAAAUCACAACAUUUGACACAAAUAGAAAAGUUUCUACAAAUGAAGCGAAUGUUUACAAAUUGACUUUUAGAACUUGUUUUGGAUGUAAUUAUAUGUAUGGAAACUGUAACACUAUGCUCAUGCUAAGGAUCUAUUUACAGAAUUAUUGAAAUAAAUGUGCUGUGAGGAUGGAAAAAUAUGGUGCAGAUGUCUUGGUCACAAAAUAUUUUGGCUGUUAACAAAAUGUCACUUUUCAACAACGAAGCAAACUCCUCUUUGGAAACUGGUUCUGUAAUGCAAGUAAUGUUUCAUUUUAUUCAUGUAGGGUGACUAAUACUGUAGUUAUGCCAAGGAAAUGCAUUGAUAUUGUUUUGCGUGUAAAUAAAGUUAUAAAAGCCGUUGAGAUGUGAGGAGUAUUUUGGUGGAGAAUAUACAUUACCUCACAGCCAGUGAAAUUGAUUUCCUCAUGGUAUAUCUCCUUACCAAGAAUAUAUCUCUCUAAAUAAAAAUGUUAAAAGAAAA